UCGGCCGCGAUACACGUCACUCGUAUUACUGGAUGCUCUGUCCGUUAACCGCGACACGCGAAAACAGCCGCCCGCCCAACGUGCUUGGACACUAAAAUAUUUUUAAAACAAUAAUACAUAAUUAAAAACAUAUACCGAACGCCCUACUUAUUGGAAAUUGUAUUUGUUAUUAUUUGUAAAGUUCUAAUAUUUGACAUUGUGAUUUGAAAAACUUUAAGUGUUCAAUAAAUUUAACAUGUUCAAACAAAUCAGAUUUUGUAAAUGCCCUUAAUACCUGGAUGCUGAAAUAUACGAAGAUAAGGAGAGGAAUACACUCAACUUUCGCAGUUAAAUCAUAAAAAGUGGUGGCCCGAAGUGCCGAUGGAGCGGGGCUCCAUCGGGCAUCCGACGAGGACGUCGUGCGGCUAAAUCCUUGCCUGCAGACCAACUUCGAAAUGAACGAUCUGCCCCCAACGGCGUACACAACUGACACGCGCAGAAUGCAGCUGUAUUCUCACGCACACAUACAUCCCACGGCCUAUACUUCUGGCGUUUGGGAUACAAAUCACAGCAAUCAAACAGACAGUUCGGAACAUGGUCAGGAGCUGUCAAUCCAUGCAGUGUCAACACACGAACUGUUAAAGCCAAAAGAUGAACCAUCGUAUUCACUGGCACCGUCUGCAAGUCUGUGCACAGGAGGCCUGCAACUGACAGGUUCGUCGCCAUACGACAACCGGACCUGUAUCCAAGAAAACAAUGGCGUUAAUGCGAGCAGCUCCCAGAGUGUGAAAUCGGACGAGGAUUUGUCACGGGUGUAUCAAACACUCACAAUGCCAGGACUUUCCCGAGAUGAUACCACAAAUUCUAACAGCAGUGAAACGAAAAUAAAAUCAAAGUCCACGACGCCAUCAAGCCCCGGUGGAAGCUCUUCGGAAAUAAAGCCACAGUCGACUACGCCAACGUCGCAAGCAUUGACUAAGCCACCCUUUUCUUACGUGGCCUUAAUAACAAUGGCCAUAGAAAAUAGCCAAUCCAAGCGGGCAACGCUUAGUGAGAUAUAUGCUUACAUAACUAAAGAAUUCCCAUUUUUCGAAAAGAAUAAAAAGGGUUGGCAGAAUUCUAUAAGGCACAAUUUGAGUCUUAAUGAGUGCUUUAUUAAGGUGCCACGAGAGGGCGGUGGGGAAAGGAAGGGAAAUUAUUGGACUCUUGAUCCGCAAUGCAGGGGAAUGUUCGAGGGAGGGAACUACAAGCGGCGUCGCAGGAUGAAGCGACCUUUCCGGGCGACGCCGUACACGAAGACUUUGUUCGGCGACGGCUACCACGUGACCCACGUGGCGCAGCACGCCCACAUGCAAUCUCUCCCGUUGGGCGCCAGGAAUUACUUCGGAUCAAGCUCACCAUAUCCACCAUCCUAUCCGAGAUAUGACACGACAUGGCUAACCCAGCCGCCGGGAGGUCUGAGCUACGCAAGCGCGUGCGGUGGCAUGGGUAGGAGUCCUCCAAGCUCUACCCAUACUUCGUUGCCUCACCAGCCGUCACCGGUUUCAGUCAAUCCGUUCGCCUCGCAUCAACUACAGGGUCAGCUUCAAAACCCUCUUCAACCGAUGCAGUCUAUGUCCAUGAACACAUACAACCAAAUAGGUGUCGGCCUCGACGGCUCUCCAAGUCCAGGACCGGGGUAUGUGCCGCCCGGUGCGUUUUCACCAACACGACACCACGACAUUGUUACAUCGUCCGAUGGUGCUGCUGCCAGAUUCUCUUUCUGGCAGGAAGGAGGACUAAGUUGGCAACAACCUGGUUGCGAGAUACCUGACGACGUGCCGAGAGAGCCUGAAGACGACGCUGGUUCACCAAGUCCCAACGGAGGUUACGUACCAUCGAGCAGUUACUCCCCAACCCGUCGCCAUGAAGCAGUUACGUCGUCUGAGGCAGCAGGACGAUUCGCAUUCUGGCCGGAUGUUGGCGUGAAAGAAGAAUCAUCGUCGAGUCUCAUGUCAAACGGGGCACCGUAUUCGAAAUGUUUCAUGUAAAUUUUAAAAACAUAGGGGAGCACAAGACUAUCCAUUGUAAUCUGCACUCGUGUGAAAUGUAAGACGAUAGAAUGGAAACUACAAUAAGCAAAAUAAACUCGUUAGUCAUCUAUGUAAAGAAAUAAUUUAGGUAGUAUGCAUUUUAAGGUGAAUCAUCCUUUAAUUCAUACUGUGUAUUACAAAAUACAAAUUUUAAUCUAUGUAGAUUUGAUGGAAAGUUUCAUAAUUUGGCUUAUGGUCUUCUAAGACGGAAAAUUUAAAAAAAAAUAAGAAAAUUAAGAAGAUACUUUUGUAAAAAUAUGUUUAGCCUAAUGUCAUGCAUUGAUCUUUGUAGGCCUCCGCCAAUGAUCGCAAUAACACCCGGUCUUGUGCCAACUACAUCCAUUCAUUCCAGUCUCCCUUAGACCUAUUCCAUAUUGCGGGAGACCUAUGCUAUGACAACGUUUACGUGGCCGCCAUUCCAGAACUUUCCAUGAAAUAUUCAUUCACAUUUAAACCAAUCCUUAAACUCGUAGCAACAAUAAUUU